ACAACGUUGGCAUCAUCGCUACCUCGUCUAGCCUGCGGAUCAGCUUACGAAGAAAGCCAUUACCAGACGGUUUGCGUAUCGUCUUAUUUGAUAUCGUCUCCAGCACCGCGGCGGCAUCUCGACCACAACUUCGGUACUUGGGGUAAAAGAGUAAAAAUGUGGGAUUGAAUCGUGGGGCUGGUGACGGAUGAGGGCAAGGUGGGGUAAUACUAAGCUCACUGUUUUACCACGAGGCUGAAGGAGAAACACACUUUUCACAGCUGCCAUCGAUCUCCAAGGCGGUCAAAUAUCGGACUUCUGAGAGCUUAGGAGUAUUUUCAUAUCUGAGUCGAAGCCAAAAUGUCUACUACCACACUGAAACACCCUGAGAUCGGUGAGAUCAAAGGCAAGGUGGGCGAUGGCGUACACCAGUUCCUUGGGGUUCAGUACGCAACGAUUGAGAAUCGCUUCGCAGAAUCCAAGGUCAAGUCAUCUUACAGCAGUCCGGUCGAUGCAACGAGCCAUGGGCCAUCAUCAUAUUAUCCGCCAACAGCACUCGACAAUGAGUUUUCCUUCAUCCAACACACGCUGCCUAAGCCAGUUGAGAAGCAUUCAGAGUUGGAAUGUCUGAACCUAAACGUCACGGUUCCGAAGCUGAGCGGCAGUGAUGUGGCCUCACAAAAACUGCCCGUAUUCAUCUGGCAGCAUGGUGGAGGAUUUAUCCUCGGAGCCAACUCCUGGCCGCAUUACGAUCACGCUAAGCUUGUCAAACUUGCCAGCGAGAAAGGCGUUCCGGUGAUCGGUGUUGGAAUAAACUAUCGUCUGGGACUUUCAGGUCUUCUGACUUCCGAGGAGCUGCGGUCACAGGGUUACAAAACAAACAAUCAACUCCGUGACCAGAAGACCGCAUACAAAUGGGUCAAGGAGUACAUCUCUGGCUUUGGGGGAGAUCCCGAUAAAAUCACCGUUAUUGGCGAGAGUGCUGGAGCAGUCGCCCUAACAGAACAUUUUUACUCGAAGGAGAAGCUGUUCAACCGUGCCAUUGUGACCGGCGGGUCGUCACUGCUCGUCCCACCUUUCCCUCUAGAAGCCUACGAGGGAGUCUAUCAGCAGGUUCUCGGUGUGUUCGGGCUUGAAACCUUGAGUCCUGAAGACCGCAUUCAGAAACUUCUCUCCAUACCUAUGGAGGAUAUCAUCUCCAAGAUUCCUCCAACCAUCCCAUUUCUACCUGUGGUAGACGGAGACAUUAUUCCAGUUCGGCCGUCAUUCGCAGCUAUCGCUGACCCGAAGGAUGAGAUCAUGGCUGGUAAACACUGGUUGGAAGCGCUGGCGAUAGGCGACAGCGAGUUUGAUGGCUCCGUAAUGGGCUUCAUGCUAGGCCACAGGAAGGCCGGCAUCCUGCAAACGUUCUCUGCAUCAAUCAAGAGUUCUUUGUCUUCAACACCUGAGGUAGCGGAUAAAUUGCUUGACGCCUAUGGCUUUUCUGGUCCCGCUGCGGCUAAGGACGACGAAGCUGCCUUUGUCAACUUCUUGCAAUUCGCCACGGAUAUUGGGUACUACGCCGCUACAACAUCGUUUACACGAGGCUGGCCCGAAGGACAAAAGAUCUACAAUUUCUUUUUCAACGAGCCGAACCCGUGGGAGGGCCCGUUUCAAGGUCGCACGACGCACGUUCUUGACGUCGUUUUCUUGUUCCAGAACCUCAAUGACAAACUGUCCGCCGAGCAGCGGGCCGCUGCGGAAGGGUUCGCGGUGGAUCUCAUGAAGUUUGUGUCCGGAGAAGAGCCGUGGCCGGCGUAUAGUGCGGCACAUAAAACUGCGAAGGUGUUUGGACCAUCGAAGGGGGAGAGUGCGCCUGUAACGAAGGUGGUGGACGAUGCUGAGGGGCAGGAGACGAAGAGAGGGUUGGCGAUACUCGAGCUCGGGAAGGAGGUCGGGUUUGACAAGUUGGCUGAGGCAUUUGGACGAUAUCAGAUGGGAAUGUAAGCAAAUGUGGAAUAGGUUCGGAGACUCCUUAGGGGUACAAGACUUCAAUGAAUCUGACUCGUUGAAUGUCCUUUGGCUCUAUGAUGUUACAAGGACUUCAGGAUCCCAUUGACAUCAACGAAGCUGUAUUCCUUCAAUGUUUCUUGCCAAAGCCUUUCCAUGACUUCCCUUCCCUUAGGUGUGUAUUGGAAAGGAGCGUAACUGUAAAUUUGCAUAAGUAAGCAACAAUUUAGACGAGGGAGUAAAGACCAGGAAACUUACGGUGCGAUCUCCCAGUUCAUU